AUGAGAGUGCAACUAGAACCUCAAGCGCUGCAAAACUUGCGAAUUCAACAAAAUAAAAAUUUGAUUAAACAUCGUAAACGAGUCAAAAAUCUUCCCGUCUCGAAUGCAUCCAAUCCAUUUGCAUUUGGCUCGAAACAAGCAUUGGCAAAAUCUGUCAAAAAAGUAAUGAAAGCAUUACCUGUGGAUCGUAUAAGACAGAUGGAGGUGAUCCAAAAUAUCACCGAAAAAUUAGGUUUAUUAUCAAAGACAAAAUUCACACACAAUGUAAGAUGUCUUCCGGCAGCCACAAGAACUGAAGUUUUAAAAUUUUAUGAUCGUGGCGAUAUACCGUGGCAAGCACCGAGGAAAAGAGUACGGUCACAGUGA